UGGGGGAGCUAGAGCGACGCGCGUGUGGCACUCCGGCCGAGUGGCAGUGCAGGUGUCGGGGCCCAAGGCGCAGCUGCGGCAGUCUCUCUACUUGGCAGAUUACACAUCCAGAGCUUUUUUAAGGGACAGCGCUAAGGGUUUGCUGAAGGAAUCGUUGGUUGGCAAAGAAAAUGAAUACCAGCAAGGACUAUGAUUAUCUCAUCAAGUUUCUGGCUCUUGGUGACUCUGGUGUGGGGAAGACAAGUUUCCUUUAUCAGUACACUGAGGGCAUAUUCCAACAGCAGUUCAUUUCUACUGUUGGAAUUGACUUUCGGGAAAAACGAAUGAUUUACAAGGGCAAUAGUUUUGCUCGUCCACAGGGUGUCCAUCUUCAGCUCUGGGACACAGCUGGGCAGGAAAAGUUUCGUAGUUUAACCACUGCAUUUUAUCGGGAUGCCAUGGGUUUCCUGCUACUGUUUGAUUUGACUAAUGAGCAGUCAUUCCUCAAUAUUAGAAGUUGGCUGGAGCAGCUAAAGACUCAUGCAUACUGUGACAAUCCUGACAUAAUACUGUGUGGAAACAAAGUGGAUUUAGCAGAUCAAAGAAUGAUUUCUGAACAGCGGGCCAGAGAUGUUGCUGAGAAGUUUGGCCUCCAGUACAUUGAAACCUCAGCUGCUUCAGGCCAAAAUGUAGAAACUGCUGUAAUCCACCUUCUUGAUGCUGUGAUGAAGAGAAUGGAAAUGGCAGUGGAUUCAAGUCGUCUUCCAGGCAGAAGGGGCCGUGCUAGAACAUUGCAGCAGCAGGAGGAUGAUGAAGCUGAAGAGACAGAGGGACGCUGUUCAUGUUAAAUGAUGGCCAGAUCACCCCAAGCUUUAGAUGUAUUCUUGACAGUCUGUACUAGUCAUUUCCAAAAUAGAAUAUUUAAGCUUUUAAAAA